AUGCGAUCUUUAGUGUCAUUUAACUCGGACGAGCCGCCACGAGACAUCUAUUCGUUGGUAGACGAGACUGGCGGUGGUAUCCUUGUGCCAUGGAUAAAAUACGCGCGUUCGUCUGGCGACUUCAACAUCCUCGAGGAGUACCUGGAUACCGCUGUACGUUCCUGCAUGUACAAUGGCGGCAAGGGAAAAUUGGUGGCGAUAUCGGAACUGGUGAGGCGGAGAAACGACCAGAGGAAUGCCCUCCUAGGAGCCCUCAGAAGAAAGAAGGGACGUGGUAAAGGUACCCCAAAUAUUCUCGAUGACGUCAAUCAAGAGGGGGAGGGUGGCAUUCUAAAAGCUCUAAAAGUCCUUGACGGUGCUAAUUUUAACGGCCAAAAUAAAAUCAUACGCUACCGAGAAAUUGUUUGGGAUAUUAACCUCCGGGGUAAGGUGGAGCGUAUUGUAAAACCAUACAAUUUUAAGGCUAUUGUCAAUGAAGACCAAGCGAUGGUCUAUUUUCUAUUGCGCCAUGGUGCGGAUGUAAAUCAGAGAUGCUAUGGAUCCUUCUUUUGUGCGGACGAUCAAAAAGCUUCGCGAACCGAUUCGUUGGAAUAUGAAUGGGUCGAUUUAACGCAAAAUACAAAUUAUACAGGCCAAAUGUAUUGGGGUGAAUUUCCGCUGUCGUAUGCUGCUUGUACCAGCCAAGAAGAUUGUUUUCGUCUUUUGAGAGCUUUCAAGGCAAGUCCCAACCAACAAGACACCAAUGGGAAUACUGUACUCCAUAUUCAAGCAUUUUCCAUUAUCUUCCUGGCUUGUGAACGAGAGGAAAGUGUGUAUAUGCAACAACAAAAUUUGACUACUAUUGAUUACUCCAAAAAAUUCACGAAUAUCAUGAAGACUCCUUGGGCUUCAUUAAUGCGCAUGUUUAUCAUGAGCGUCGGUGAAUUCUCGGCUUUUUAUAAAAAUCUGCAUGAGUUUUCCGUGAUGUUGUUAAACCUGCUUAUUGCAAUGAUGACACGAACUUAUGAAAAGAUUGCUGAAGCGGAGAAGGAAUGGAAAAGACAGUGGGCUAAAGUCAUUCUCAUGAUGGAGCAAUCGAUAACAACAUCCGCUCGAAAGCUGGCGCUCUUUCGGUAUUCCCGGCCUCUCAAAUCGAAUAUUCGCCAGCGAGCUUUUAUCGUACUCGAGAAAGGAGCGGGCCAAUGCCAGGAAAUCCAUUCGGAGGAAGUCAAGAAACGACCGAGCAUGAUCCGCCUAUCACCCCAUAUUCAAAUCACCCGGUCAAGCUUCCGGUCCAAUGGGUCGAAGCGC